UUCCAAGGUCCACUCCCGGCCACAACCAUAUGUCUACGGUGUAGCAGAGUGUUCUUCAGUUUUUCUUCUUCAAGGUCAAUACUAGAGAGUUCUUCCGGUGUGUGAUUCUUACGGGUUUACACAAGUGAAAAAUACUCUCCAUUUGAUAGGAUCAAAAUGAGGGAAACUGAUGAACAAGGUGAAGAUUAUCAAUCAACUGAUGAUUUAAGUGCUACCCCACUAAAAACGUAUGUGGCAAUGGUUGGAAGUAAAAGAGAUAAUUUUGGUUGUAAAUUGGAACCUUAUAUUGGGACAUAUUCUCGUAUUCGAGCACAUUUAAUGGGAUUGCUUCCUGGGCAAAGAAAAAAAAGAGUUGUUUUGUGUCCAAUGGUAAGCAAAGAUGAGAGAGAAAAGAUGAAAGAAGAAGAAGAAGAAGUUAAGAGACUUUUUGGAAAUAACUCUCGUAAGAGUUCUCUUCCAAGUUUACCUUACUGUUCCAUUGUCUUGUAGUACAAAUGCAGGGAG